AUGGGGUUGUGUAAGAUCUCACUAACUUUUGUUUUCCUCUUGAGCUUAACCAUAGUCCAUCUCACCCUUGCCCAAGACUCCAAAGAAGACUACCUUAAUGCCCACAAUGCAGCCCGUGCAGAUGUGGGAGUUCCACCUUUGAAUUGGGAUGACACCGUAGCAGCAUAUGCACAAAACUAUGCUAAUCAACGUAUUGGUGAUUGCAAUCUUGUGCACUCUGGUGGGCAAUAUGGUGAAAACAUUGCAUGGAGUAGCGGUGACCUCUCAGGCACAGAUGCAGUGAAAUUGUGGGUGAACGAGAAGGCUAACUACGACUACAACUCUAACUCUUGUGUUGGUGGGGAGUGCCUGCACUAUACUCAGGUGGUUUGGCGCAACUCAGUUCGUCUAGGAUGUGCUAAAGUGAGAUGCAACAAUGGAGGGACAUUCAUUGGUUGCAACUAUGAUCCUCCUGGCAACUACGUUGGCCAGAAACCUUACUAA